GAACAGUCAUACCAGAAAGUGAUGGCUCUUUGGCAUCAACUGCAUGUUAACACCAAAAGCCUUAUCUCCUGGAACUAUUUGAGAAAGGAUCUUGACCUUGUACAAACCUGGAACCUAGAAAAGCUUCGCUCUUCAGCAUCAGGGGAAUGCCACCAGGUUAUGAAGAACCUCCAGACCCAUUAUGAAGACUUCUUGCAGGACAGUCGUGAUUCUGCACUCUUCUCAGUGGCAGAUCGCUUGCGCUUAGAAGAGGAGGUGGAAGCUUGUAAAGCCCACUUCCAGCACCUGAUGAAAUCCAUGGAGAAUGAGGACAAAGAAGAGACUGUGGCCAAGAUAUACAUCUCAGAGCUAAAGAAUAUCCGGCUACGCCUGGAAGAUUGUGAACAGAGACUGGUCAAACGAAUUCAGUCUCCAGCCAGUUCUAAGAUGGACAAAGAUGCCCGACAAGACAUUGCAUUGAAGAUUUCAGAGCAAGAGCACACCCAGGAAGAUUUGCAGCAACUCAAGUCUGAGCUAGAUGCUGUCUCCAUGAAAUGCAACAGCUUUCUCCAUCAAUCUCCAUCUGGUUCAAGCAUUCCAACUCUACGCUCAGAGCUGAAUCUGCUGGUGGAGAAGAUGGAUCAUGUCUAUGGUCUCUCUACUGUCUAUUUGAAUAAGUUAAAGACAAUUGAUAUUAUAGUACGUAGCAUACAAGAUGCUGAACUCUUGGUCAAAGGCUAUGAAAUCAAGCUGAGUCAAGAAGAAGCAGUACCAGCAGAUCUCUCAGCUCUGGAGUCCCACCGGUCCACAUUGCAGCAUUGGCUUAGUGAUGUGAAAGAGAAGAAUUCAGUGUUCUCUGUCCUGGAUGGGGAAAUUACCAAAGCCAAGGCAGUGGCAGAGCAGAUGACUUACCUCACACCAGAGCGAAACCUGGAUUUAGAGCGCUGUCAGGAAAAAGGUGCCCAGCUGCAAGAUCGUUGGCAUCGUGUUAUUGCCCAGCUAGAAACUCGCCAAUCUGAGCUUGAAAACAUCCAGGAAGUUCUGGGAGAUUACCGAGCCUGUCACGGAACUCUCAUCAAGUGGAUUGAGGAGACCACUGCUCAGCAGGAAAUGAUGAAACCUGGCCAGGCAGAGGAUAGCAGAGUACUGUCAGAGCAGCUCAGCCAGCAGACGGAUCUAUUUGCUGAAAUUGAGAGAAACCAGACAAAGCUGGACCAGUGUCAGAAAUUUUCUCAGCAAUAUUCUACUAUUGUGAAGGACUAUGAAUUGCAACUAAUGACAUACAGGGCCUUUGUGGAAUCACAGCAGAAAUCCCCUAGUAAGCGCCGUCGCAUGCUUUCCUCUUCAGAUGCCAUCACACAAGAGUUCAUGGACUUGAGAACGCGUUAUACAGCAUUGGUGACCUUAACAACUCAGCAUGUGAAAUACAUCAGUGAUGCACUCCGGCGGUUAGAGGAAGAGGAGAAAGUGGUAGAAGAGGAAAAACAAGAACAUGUGGAGAAAGUUAAAGAACUUUUGGGUUGGGUGUCCACCCUUGCAAGAAAUACACAAGGAAAGAUUGCUUCAUUCCACCCCAAAGAAUCCACAGACAUUGAAAAAGCUAUUUUGGAACAGCAGGUUCUGGCAGAAGAACUGACAACCAAGAAGGAACAAGUUUCAGAGGCCAUUAAAACUUCACAAAUCUUCUUGGCCAAGCAUGGUCAUAAACUCUCAGAAAAAGAGAAGGAGCAGAUUUCUGAGCAAUUGAAUGCCCUGAACAAGGCUUACCAUGAUCUUUGUGAUGGUUCAGCAAACCAGCUCCAACAGCUCCAGAGCCAGUUGGCUCAGCAGACAGAACAAAAGGGUUUCAGAGCAGUUGCUGGGGUUAUUGACCUAGGCACAGUGGAGAUGUUUCCCAUCUUCAGAGCCAUGCAAAAGGGCCUCAUUGACCAAGAUACAGGCCUUAUGCUUCUGGAAUCCCAGGUUAUCAUGUCUGGUCUCAUUGCUCCUGAGACUAGUGAAGAACUCUCUUUGGAGGAGGGCCUUGCCAGAAACCUCAUUAAUCCUCCUAUGUACCAGCGUCUCUGGGAGCUACAGGAUACCCUGUCCUUAGUAAGCAGGCUUACUGCAAACAAAGGUCCCCUUUCUGUGGUAGAAGCAAUUGAAAAGAGAAUAAUCAGUGAGAGAUUUGGACUGAAAGUCUUAGAAGUUCACCUGGCAACUGGUGGUUUCAAAGUUUUCCCCAAUGAGAACUGUAUUAACCUGGAGGAAGCUUUUCAUCAAGGCCUCAUUUCUGCUGGGCUUCAUUCAGCAUUAGAGUCUCACCUGAGAUCAUCCAGGAAUUUGAUAGACCCCAACACAGCUGAGAAAAUAGGUUUACUGGAUCUGAUGCAAAGAUGUAUUGUCCACCAGGAAUCUGGAUUGAAAUUAUUGCCUGUCAAGCAGUUGGCAGGAGGAAUGGUGAGCUUGAAAUCAGACCAGAAGGUUAACAUUUUUCGUGCUGUUCAAGAAGGGCUAAUAGAUAGGCAAGUCACUAUCCGGCUGCUUGAAGCUCAGCUUUUUGCAGGUGGCAUUGUAGAUCCAAGAACAGGACACAGACUUACAGUAGAAGAGGCUGUAAGACAUAAUUUGAUUGACCAAGAUAUGGCCUGUGCUAUUCUCAUAAGGCAGCUUCAGACUGGAGGCAUCAUUGACACUGUCACAGGGCGUAGGAUAACAAUAGAUGAAGCAGUAAGCAAUGACCUAGUAACUGCUAAGAUUGCCCUUGUGAUAUUGGAAUCCCUCUGGUCAUUCAUGGGGUUCCUAUGGCCUGAAUCUGGAGAGAUUCUUGCAAUUACAGAUGCUCUAGAACAAGGUAUUGUGUCUACUGAACUAGCAUGCAAAAUCCUUAGUAACCGAGAGCAUAUUGAAGCUCUUUUUUUACCAGAAACCACAGAGAUUUGCUCCUGGAAGAAAGCAAUAGAAACUAGUAUUUUGGACAAAGAUCUUGCCAACAGCUUAAAAUUAAUUUGUAUCCCUGAUGUGAUGCCCCACAUGCAAUUAGUAGAUUUUUCAGAGAGAAAAACAUCAGGUACUACUUCUGGAACAGCAGCACUUCUGUGCAACAAGGGCCAAACUGAGGGUAUAUCAAACCAUGGAGAUAAGUUGUUAUUUCAACUGAUGACUCAUAGCUAUAUUAAUGUGCACAAUGGACAGAGGGUGCUUCUGUUAGAUCAAGAACUGAUGGAGAUCCUUACAUCCAGAGAUGAAUAUCAAGCAAGUCCUUCAGAAGUGCUUGAAAUUGGACAUUAUAGACUAGACAAUCCUAAGAAAUUUCAAGAAUCAGCUAGUGAGAACAUCACAGAAACUUUCAAUGAUAAGCUCACUGUGAGAUUCCAGUUUUUUUCUCAGAACAAAGAAUAUACCCAUCAAGAAGAUUGCGCUGAAGCAAAAGGCAAAAAGACUGUUAUAGGAAUAAAAUAUUCUUCUUUAGAGAACCCUGAAAAGGAUCUGUCUAUAGGAGAACAAAAAGUGGUUACUGGAAAUGUUGACUCUUUGAAGGUCAUAAAUAAAGUCAACUCAGAGUUACAAAGGCAGUUGUUAAAUACUAAAAAUGAAGACCAAACAGAAACUUCUACUAGAGAAAAUGCCAGCAGAGAACUCCUGGUGAUACCUCCUAAGGAAACUGAAGGUAGGCCGUUGGUGGUUGACAAAGAUGUUUUUUCUGUUGAAACAACAAAGGGAAAAUGGCAAGCUCCCAGAAAGACUUCCUUUACAAGUCAGAAAGAACAAGCAAAGUCUCAUAAGACUGAAUAUAUUCCAAGUGAAACUAAAAGGCCUCUCAUUAAAUCCCAAAGGAAAAAGUCACAAGUUCAGGCAGAGAAGUCAGGUUUAAAAUUAGGAUUUAAGUCAGAAAGUGAUGUGAAUAUUCAUUCUUUGGACAAAGAAAAGGUGUUAAGUGAAAUGCUUUUAGCUAAGGAUGGCUGUAAACAAAGCCAAGAAGGCCAAAGAGUUGCAGAUGGUGAUAUGGUGAUAAUACAAAAGACUGACACAGAAGAUCAUGAUAUUGAGACUUCCUUUUCAUGCAAUCAUCCUGAGUUGCUUAAAGAAGCUCCCUUAAAUGUAUUGUCUGCACAGCUUCUAGAUGGUGGUAUACUUCAUGAAGGAACAGGUCAGAAACUUUUACUAAGUGAAGCAAUAGUGCAAGGUAUUGUGCCUAGCCACACUGCUGUGAAACUUAUGGAAAAACUGAACAUGUUCCGGGGGUUCUUUGACUCUAAGACCUCUGAGUCUUUGACAACUGAAGAAGUUAUUGAUGAAGGUCUGAUGGACGAGACAUUAUUACAUAAUGUUCUCAAUGCAGAUAAAGCUAUAAGUGGUGUCUUAGACCCCCGUACUCACACACUAUGCUCUGUUAAUGAUGCAGUGGCAGUUGGACUUCUUCACAAGGAAACAGCCACCAGAAUUUUAGAGGGACAGGUGUUAACUGGUGGAAUUGUUGACCUGAAACGAGGCAAAAAACUUUCAGUAACUUUGGCCUCAAAUCUUGGUUUGGUGGACAAUGCUGAGCAGACAGACCUUAUAAAUCUGGAGAAGGCUUCCAAAGGCAGAGAUGCUGACAAAACAGUUAGAGAGAGAUUGAUUGGUCUACAAAUGGAAACAACAGGACUUGUGGACCCUGAGAAUAAAGCCCUUUUAACAGUUGUACAAGCCAUUGACAGAGGUCUUUUGGAGAGAGAGGAAGCCAUUUAUUUCUUGACUAAACAGCUAGUUGAUGGAGGUAUCAUUCACCAUAUAUCUGGAAUGAGACUUUCUGUUGAUAAUGCCUUUAAACAUGGCUUGAUUGAUGAAGAUCUAGCCAACCAACUCAAAAAAGUUGAGAACUUAAACCUCCAGCAGUUUUUUCAUCCUGAAACAAAGGAAACACUUUCACUCCCCGAAGCUAUAAAAUUAGAUCUUGUUACCCCAGAAAUGAAAAGAGAAAUCCAAGAAAUUCAGGCCUUAAAUGAGAAUCUUGUGGAUAUCAUUUCUAGCCAGCAGUUGACCUGUGCAGAACCUAACAAAGAAGAACUGUUAACUAAAAAGGCAGUACUAGCUUCAGGAAUGAUGCAUGGGGUUAUAGAUCCUGAAAAUUGCAGAAUUAUUCCCUACUCAGAUUUGGUAAAGAAAUGUAAGAUUGAUAUUGAAUCUGGAUUGAGAUACCUAGAAGUAAUUCCCUUCUCAGACAUUAAAGAUGGGAUGAGCGACAGGGUACUUACAUUGUCUGAAGCAAUUCAGCUUGGAAAAGUAGACAUUCCAUCUACACUGAAGAUUUUGGAAACUCAGGCAAACACUGGUGGAAUCAUAGAUACAGCCACAGGCAAAAGACUUACAUUAGCAUCAGCUUUGGAACAGAAACUGAUGGAUGAAGACAUGGCCAGAAUUAUUGCAUCUCAUCAGGUAUUGAAUGGAGGAAUUAUUGACAUAUUUAAUGAUCAAAGAGUGACAAUGCAAGAAGCUGUUGAGAGAAGACUUCUCAGCCCUGAAUUGGCAGCUGCUUUAACGUCUCAUGAUGAUGGAGCUCAUAUUGAAAAGCAAGAUGAAAUUCAAGUAUGUGAGGUAAAUAAUGAAUUUCUAAAGAAAGCAAUGUUAACUGCGUGUAAUCAGACUGCUGAAGUGAGUUGUGAUAAAGGAGACCAUGACAGAUUCUUAGAAAUUGAAAGUCAGUCUACACAAGGAAAGGUUAAAGUAAGAGAUUCAGUUGGGGAAAUGGCAAAAAGAAGCAGGAAGAGUUCAUUGAAGGAAGUGGACAGUAAAGAUCAAGACGAGGGAAGAAUUCGAGGUGCUAAAGGAGCAGUCAACAUCAUUAUUCAUGGCAAUCUUAAAGGUAAAUCCUCAGACCAAGUUUCAGUGAUGCAUACUUACUCAGAACCUUCUGAUUUGACACUCGAUGAGCUUGCUAAAAAUCAUUUGGGAAAAAAUACAGAUGUAGAGCAGGAAAAAGUAGUGUCACCAACAGAAAUGAUUAUUCAUAUCAAGCAGUCCACCUCAGGCCUAGAUGUUGAAGAAGCAAGAAAAAGUCUAAGGGAAAUUGCUUCUGAGGUACAAGAAUCAAAUCAUGAAACAUCAGGCAAUUUGCUGAGUGAGCAGCCAGUGAAUACUAGGGUGAAGAGUAAGAGAGAGAAGAGGGAGAUGAUUGUAAAAGAAAGUGCCCAAACAUGUAAACCAGCAGUUCUUUCUGAAGCAGAGUUAAAUCAGAAAACUACCAUUGGUGAUGUGUAUGACUUCCAGUCUGUAGAAAUGAAUGGAAGUGAAACAGGGAAAGAAACUGGUAGAGAAAUGAAAUUUUCUGUUACUUGUAAAACUGAAGACUCUUGCCAAAUGACAACUAAAGAAAUUUCUGCAAGAAAUCAAGAUGUUCCAACAUUCUUCAGCUCUACACAAGUCAGUCAAGGGGAAGGAAGAAAUGUAAGCCUCUAUUCUACUUUAAAACCAGGAGAAAAUUUAUCUCAAGAAACCACUAGUGGGACACAUAGUGAGCCAUUUUCUUCUGGGACUCCCAAACCUGAAGUAUUAUGCAAACAAAAAUCAGUUUUAAAAGCUCAAGUUACAGAUAUAUCCCAAACUUCCAAAACAUACAGAGCUGUCCAAGAAACCACCAGACAAGAAACCAAUGAUCAUCAAGAUUCCUAUGUUAUUAUUAAGACUAAGGAAACCAAAGAUCCAAUUUCCAUAGCUAAAAAGUGUAAAGAAAAGUCAUACCAAGAAGUACCUUCUAAUUCAACAAGAGCUCUUAAACUGGAAGAAAUUACAGUUUCUAAAGUAGAUGCAAAAGAGGCCAGUUGUCUAGAAUCCUCAGACAGAAAAGACUUCUAUCAUCAGGAGAGCAAAGGUGAUCCUGAACUUUGUGGAAUGCUCAAAUCUAAAGUAGUAACAACCAAAGAAACAAAUGGAGAUAGAUUUCUAGAAAUGGAAAGCCCUAUAGUUAUGGUAUCCCUUCUCCCAGAAAAAUUGCACAAAGAUAGGUUGCAGAAAGAGAGUGCGGAGCUACAGGAUACUGUCAUUAGUCCCGCUAUUUCUGAGCUCAGUGAAGAAACAACAGUGUCCCAGAUGUCAUAUGCUACAAAGAAGAUGGAUCAGAAGACACCACAGAAAAGAGUCAGAGAUAGCCCAAGCAAUGAACAAGCUCCCUUCAUGGCUGUACCUGGAGGAAAGGGAAGUGAAGGAGUAAAUCCUGAGGCCUUCAGAGCAACUCAGAAUGUGCUUAACCGGCAACUCUGUUUAGAACAUGAUGAGAAACUGGUAUCUUAUCUGUCUCUGUUACGGGACAUUGAAAUGAGGACUAAACAGAUUCAGCCUUUGGAACUUAAUCUGACAGAACUACAGAAUCUGCUGUGUCGGGCCAAGGUGUUAGACAAGGAGUUAAAGGAUCUGUCCAACUUGGUGAGUCAGGAAUUGGAGUGUGUGGAUCAGAUUAUCAACAGCCAGCCCCAAGAAGUCCCUGCUCAGUUGUUGAAGGCUCUGGAGAAAGAUGCCAAGAGUCUUCAAAAGUCUCUCAGCUCUGUAAGUGACCAUUGGAAUUCCAGACUAUUCCACCUCCAGAAUGCCAUGGAAGUCAAAAAGACUACAGUGUUAAGUCAACAUAUGCAGCUAGAAGAAAAGCUUCAAGAUCUAAGAACCUGGGUUGGCAAUGCAAAUCUUAUUCUAAACAGCAAAGAAUAUGACAACAAAACAGAUGUCAUCAGCUUGAAUCACUCUCUCCAACACUAUGAGAAUAUGAAGCAGUCUGUGGAAGAAAAGAAAUCUCAGUUGGAUACUCUUGCUUUUGAUAUCCAAUUCUUUAUCUCUGAGCAUGCACAGGACUUGUCCCCUCAGCAGAAUCGACAAAUACUGAGGCUCCUGAAUGAACUGCAGAGGUCCUUCCAGGACCUCGUGGAACGGAUAGCAGCUCAAAUAGAUGCAUUACAGGCUCAUGUUCAACAAACGAAGCAGGAAUCCCAGGUUAAGACUCUGCAGAAACAACAAAAUACCUGUCAUCAGAAACUGGAGGACCUUUGCAGCUGGGUAGGACAGGCAGAAAAAGCACUGGUGAGCCACCGGGGCAGAGCCUCCCCACAGGAUCUCUCUGCUUUGCAGAAGAACCAAAGUGACUUGAAGGAUUUACAGGACAACAUUCAGAACCGUGCCACCUCAUUUACUACUGUUGUCAAAGAUAUUGAAGGAUUCCUAGAAGAAAACCAAACCAAACUGAGUCCCUCAGAGCUGACAGCUCUUCAAGAAAAACUUCAUCAGGCUAAGGAGCAAUAUAAAGCUCUCCAGGAACGAACCCAAAUGGCUCAAAAGGAAGUGCAGGAAGCAGUGAGCUCAGCUUUACAGCAGGAGACUGAAAAGAGUAAAGCAGCAAAGGAGCUGGCAGAGAACAAGAGUAAGAUUGAUGCUCUCUUGGAUUGGGUGACUUCCAUGGAAUCAUCUGGUGAACAGCUACAGACCAGACUUCCAGGAAUAGAGCAGCUCUCUGGAGCUAAACUGGAGAAAAGAGCCUUGGAUACCACUGAUAGUUACAUGGGGAUGAACCAAGCCCCAGAGAAACUGGAUAAACAAUGUGAGACAAUGAAGGCUCGUCACCAAGAAUUGCUGUCCCAACAACAAAAUUUCAUUGUGGCCACCCAGUCAGCUCAGGCCUUCCUAGACCAGCAGGGCCACAAUCUCACUCCUGAGGAGCGGCAAAUGCUGCAAGAGAAGCUAGGAGAGCUUAAGGAACAAUAUGCAUCUUCCCUGGCCCAGUCUGAGGUGGAAUUAAAGCAGGUACAGACUCUCCGAGAUGAGCUGCAGAAGUUCCUACAGGACUACACUGAAUUUGAAAGCUGGCUGGAACGGUCUGAGAAAGAGCUAGAAAAUAUGCAUAAAGGAGUCAAUGGCCCUGAAGCCCUACCCUCUCUGCUAAAGCGUCAGGGAAGCUUCUCAGAAGAUGUCAUUUCUCACAAAGGGGACUUGAGAUUUGUGACUAUCUCAGGACAGAAAGUCCUGGACACAGAAAACAACUUUGAAGAAAGCAAAGAGCCAUCCACAACCAGAAACUUAGUAAAAGAGAAGUUGAAGGAUGCAACAGAAAGAUACACUGCUCUCCACUCAAAGUGUACACGAUUGGGCUCUCACCUGAACAUGCUAUUAGGUCAGUAUCAGCAAUUCCAGAGCAGUGCUGACAUAUUGCAAGCCUGGAUACAGACUUGUAAGGCCAAAGUAGAUCAGCUUCUUUCAGAUACCAUUGCCUCUGACCCUGGAAUUCUGCAGCAGCAACUUACAACAACAAAGCAGUUACAGGAGGAACUGGCUGAGCACCAAGUACCUGUAGAAAAGCUCCAAAAAGUUGCUUGUGACCUCAUGAAAAUUGAAGGGGAGCCAGCCUUGAACCCUCAAUGUGUUCAAGAAACUACAGAUUCCAUACUCAGUUGCUUCCAAAGCCUUUCCUGUAGUUUGGCAGAGCGCUCUGCACUUCUGCAGAAGGCAAUUGCCCAGUCUCAGAGUGUCCAGGAAAGUCUAGAGAGCUUGUUGCAGUCCAUCAAGGAAGUUGAACAAAACCUCCAGGGAGAACAGGUGGCAUCACUCUCAUCAGGAGUCAUUCAAGAAGCCCUUGCCAAUAAUAUGAAACUGAAGCAGGACAUCGCUCGGCAGAAAAGCAGUUUGGAAGCCACCCAUGAGAUGGUGACCCAGUUCAUGGAGAAAGCAGACAGUACCACAGCAGCAGUACUACAGGGCAAACUGGCAGAAGUGAGCCAGAGCUUUGAGCAGCUUUGGUUACAGCAACAGGAAAAAGAAAGCACCCUAAAGAAGCUCCUGCCCCAGGCAGAGAUGUUUGAGCAGCUUUCUGAUAAAUUACAGCAGUUCAUGGAAAACAAAAGUCGAAUGCUGGCUUCUGGAAAUCAGCCAGAUCAAGACAUUGCACAUUUCUCUCAGCAGAUCCAGGAGCUCACUUUGGAAAUGGAAGACCAACAGGAGAGCCUAAAUGCCCUUGAGGACCUAGUCACUGCACUGAACUCUUGUGGCCUUGCACUGGACCUGUCCCAACACCAGGACAGGGUACAGAACCUCAGAAAGGACUUCACAUUGCUACAGAAGACAGUUCAAGAAAGAGAAAAAGAUGCAUCAUCUUGCCAGGAGCAGUUGGAUGAAUUCCGGAAGCUGAUUAGGACCUUCCAGAAGUGGCUGAAAGAAACUGAAGGGAAUGUUCCACCCACAGAGACUUUCAUUAGUGCUAAAGAGCUUGAAAAGCAGAUUGAACACUUGAAGGGUCUUCUAGAUGACUGGAAAAGUAAAGGAACUUUGGUGGAAGAAAUCAAUUGCAAAGGCACUUCUUUAGAAAGUCUCAUCAUGGAGAUAACAGCACCAGAUUCCCAAGUCAAAACAGGUUCCAUACUGCCCUCUGUAGGAAGCUCUAUAGGCAGUGUAAACGGAUACCAUACCUGCAAAGAUCUGACGGAGAUCCAAUGUGACAUGUCAGAUGUAAACCUGAAGUAUGAGAAACUUGGGAGAAUGCUCCAGGAACGUCAGGAAAACCUCCAGACUGUCCUCAACAGAAUGGGGGACAUUCAGAAGGAGGCGAGCUCAGUGUUGCAGUGGCUGGAAUCAAAAGAGGAAGUUCUGAAAGCCAUGGAUGCCUCUUUGUCUCCAAGCAAGACAGAAACAGUGAAAGCCCAAGCAGAAUCUAACAAGGCUUUCCUGACUGAAUUGGAACAGAAUUCUCCAAAAAUCCAAAAGGUUAAAGAAGCCCUAGCUGAAUUACUGGUGACAUAUCCCAACUCACAAGAAGCAGAAAACUGGAAGAAAAUGCAAGAGGAACUCAAUUCCCGAUGGGAAAGGGCUACUGAGGUGACAGUAGCUCGGCAAAAGCAGCUAGAAGAAUCUGCAAACCAUCUGGCCUGCUUCCAGGCUGCAGAAUCUCAGCUCCGGCCCUGGCUAAUGGAGAAGGAGCUGAUGAUGGGAGUUCUGGGGCCCCUGUCAAUUGACCCCAACAUGUUGAAUGCACAGAAGCAACAGGUCCAGUUUAUGCUGAAGGAAUUUGAAGCACGCAGGCAACAGCAUGAGCAGCUGAAUGAGGCAGCUCAGGGCAUCCUAACAGGCCCUGGAGAUGUCUCUCCAUCCACCAGCCAAGUACAGAAAGAGCUCCAGAGCAUCAACCAGAAGUGGAUUGAGCUGACGGACAAACUUAAUUCCCGUUCCAGCCAAAUUGACCAAGCUCUUGUCAAAAGCACCCAGUACCAAGAAUUGCUACAGGACUUAUCAGAGAAAGUGAAGGCAGUUGGACAUCGACUAAGCAGCCAGUCGGCCAUCAGCACCCAACCUGAGGCAGUAAAGCAGCAACUGGAGGAAACUAGUGAGAUUCGAUCUGACUUAGAGCAAUUAGAUUGUGAGAUGAAGGAAGCCCAAACACUGUGUGAUGAACUUUCACUGCUCAUUGGAGAGCCAUAUCUUAAGGAUGAGCUGAAGAAGCGUUUGGACACAGUUGCCUUGCCACUCCAAGGUUUAGAAGACCUUGCAGCUGAUCGCAUGAACAGACUACAGGCAGCUCUUGCCAGCACCCAGCAGUUCCAGCAAAUGUUUGAUGAGCUGAGGACCUGGUUAGAUGACAAACAAAGCCAGCAAGCAAAAAACUGCCCAAUUUCUGCAAAAUUGGAGCGACUGCAGUCUCAGCUUCAGGAGAAUGAAGAGUUUCAAAAGAGCCUUAAUCAACAUAGUGGUUCCUAUGAAGUGAUUGUGGCUGAGGGAGAAUCUCUGCUGCUUUCUGUGCCUCCUGGAGAAGAAAAGAGAACUUUACAAAACCAGUUGGUUGAACUCAAAAGCCACUGGGAAGAACUUAGUAAGAAAACUGCAGAUAGACAGUCUAGGCUCAAGGACUGUAUGCAGAAAGCUCAGAAAUAUCAGUGGCAUGUGGAAGACCUUGUACCUUGGAUAGAAGAUUGUAAGAACAAGAUGUCUGAGCUGCAGGUUACUCUGGAUCCAGUGCAGUUAGAGUCCGGUCUCCUGCGGUCAAAGGCUAUGCUGAAUGACGUAGAAAAACGCCGUUCCUUACUGGAAAUACUAAAUAGUGCUGCUGAUAUUCUAAUUAAUUCCUCAGAAACAGAUGAGGAUGGUAUUCGGGAUGAAAAGGCUGGUAUCAACCAAAGCAUGGAUGCCAUUACAGAGGAGCUACAGGCAAAAACAGGGUCACUAGAAGAAAUGACUCAGAGGCUCAAGGAGUUUCAGGAAAGCUUUAAGAAUAUUGAAAAGAAAGUUGAAGGAGCCAAACACCAACUUGAAAUCUUUGAUGCUCUGGGCUCUCAAGCAUGUAGCAAUAAGAAUCUGGAGAAGCUAAGAGCUCAACAAGAAGUACUGCAGGCCCUGGAGCCUCAGGUAGACUACCUAAGAAACUUUACUCAGGGGCUGGUAGAAGAUGCACCCGAUGGAUCUGAUGCUUCCCAACUUUUACAUCAAGCUGAGGUCACCCAGCAAGAGUUCUUAGAAGUAAAGCAAAGAGUGAAUAGUAGUUGCAUGAUGAUGGAAAACAAACUGGAGGGGAUUGGCCAGUUUCACUGCCGAGUCCGAGAGAUGUUUUCCCAAUUGGCAGACCUGGAUGAUGAGCUAGAUGGCAUGGGUGCUAUUGGCAGAGACACAGAUAGCCUGCAGUCACAAAUCGAGGAUGUAAGGCUGUUCCUUAACAAAAUUCAAGUCCUCAGGUUAGACAUAGAAGCCUCUGAAGCAGAGUGCCGACAGAUGCUAGAAGAAGAGGGGACUCUGGACCUACUAGGUCUCAAAAGGGAACUAGAAGCCCUAAACAAACAGUGCAGCAAACUGACCGAGAGAGGAAAAGCUCGCCAGGAACAGCUGGAGCUGACCUUGAGUCGAGUAGAGGACUUCUAUAGGAAAUUGAAGGUUCUCAAUGAUGCAACUACAGCUGCAGAGGAGGGAGAGGCGCUCCAGUGGGUAGUGGCAACCGAAGUGGAUGUCAUUAACCAACAGCUAGCAGAUUUUAAAAUGUUUCAGAAAGAACAAGUGGAUCCUCUUCAGAUGAAAUUGCAGCAGGUGAAUGGACUUGGCCAGGGAUUAAUUCAGAGUGCAGGAAAAAACUGUGAUGUGCAGGGUUUAGAACAUGACAUGGAUGAGAUCAAUGCUCGAUGGAACACACUGAAUAAAAAGGUUGCACAAAGAAUUGCCCAACUACAGGAGGCUUUGCUGCAUUGUGGGAAGUUUCAAGAUGCCUUAGAGCCAUUGCUCAGUUGGUUGGCAGAUACUGAGGAGCUCAUAGCCAAUCAGAAACCUCCAUCUGCUGAGUACAAAGUGGUAAAAGCACAGAUCCAAGAACAGAAGUUGCUCCAGAGGCUACUAGAUGAUCGAAAGGCCACAGUAGACAUGCUUCAAGCUGAAGGAGGUAGAAUAGCUCAGUCAGCCGAACUGGCUGAUAGAGAGAAAAUCACUGGGCAGUUGGAGAGUCUUGAAAGUCGAUGGACUGAACUACUCAGCAAGGCAGCAGCCAGGCAAAAACAGCUGGAAGAUAUCCUGGUCCUGGCCAAACAAUUCCAUGAGACAACUGAACCUAUUUCUGACUUCUUAUCUGUCACAGAGAAAAAGCUUGCUAACUCAGAACCUGUUGGCACUCAGACUGCCAAAAUACAGCAACAGAUCAUUCGACACAAGGCUCUGAAGGAAGAAAUAGAAAACCAUGCAACAGAUGUGCACCAGGCAGUCAAUAUUGGGCAGUCUCUCUCCUCUCUGACAUGUCCUGCAGAGCAGGGUGUAUUGUCAGAAAAGCUAGACUCAUUGCAGGCUCGAUACAGUGAGAUUCAAGACCGGUGCUGUCGGAAGGCAGCCCUGUUUGAACAAGCAUUGUGCAAUGCUAGACUGUUUGGGGAAGAUGAGGUGGAGGUGCUCAACUGGCUGGCUGAGGUUGAGGACAAGCUCAGUUCAGUGUUCGUAAAGGAUUACAGACAGGAAGUCCUGCAGAAACAGCAUGCUGACCACCUGGCUCUAAAUGAAGAGAUUGUUAAUAGAAAGAAGAAUGUAGAUCAAGCUAUUAAAAACGGUCAGGCUCUUCUAAAACAAACUACAGGUGAAGAGGUGUUACUUAUCCAAGAGAAACUAGAUGGUAUAAAGACCCGCUACACAGACAUCACAGUUGCCAGCUCCAAGGCCCUCAGAACUUUAGAGCAAGCACGGCAGCUUGCCACCAAGUUCCAGUCUACAUAUGAGGAACUGACUGGGUGGCUGAGGGAGGUGGAGGAGGAGCUGGCAGCCAGUGGAGGACAAUCUCCCACAGGGGAGCAGAUACCCCAGUUUCAGCAAAGACAGAAGGAAUUGAAGAAGGAGGUCAUGGAGCACAGGCUAGUAUUGGACACAGUAAAUGAGGUGAGCCGUGCUCUCCUAGAACUGGUGCCAUGGAGAGCCAGAGAAGGGCUGGAUAAACUUGUGUCUGAUGCCAACGAGCAGUAUAAACUGGUCAGUGACACUGUUGGACAAAGAGUGGAUGAAAUUGAUGCUGCUAUUCAGAGAUCACAACAGUAUGAGCAAGCUGCUGAUGCAGAACUAGCUUGGGUUGCUGAAACAAAACGAAAGCUGAUGGCCUUAGGGCCAAUUCGCCUUGAACAGGACCAGACCACAGCUCAGCUUCAGGUACAAAAGGCUUUCUCUAUUGAUAUCAUUCGUCAUAAAGACUCAAUGGAUGAACUCUUCAGUCACCGUGGUGAAAUCUUUGGCACUUGUGGAGAAGAGCAGAAAGCUGUAUUACAGGAAAAGACAGAAUGUCUAAUACAGCAAUAUGAAGACAUUAGCCUGCUCAAUUCAGAGCGUUAUGCCCGAUUGGAGCGAGCACAGGUCUUGGUAAACCAGUUUUGGGAAACUUUUGAAGAGCUCAGCCCUUGGAUUGAGGAAACUCGAGCACUAAUAGCACAGUUACCUCCUCCAGCUAUUGAUCACGAACAACUCAGACAACAGCAAGAAGAAAUGAGGCAAUUAAGGGAAUCCAUUGCUGAGCACAAACCUCAUAUUGAUAAGCUACUAAAGAUAGGCCCACAACUAAAGGAAUUAAACCCUGAAGAAGGGAAAAUGGUAGAAGAAAAAUACCAGAAAGCAGAAAAUAUGUAUGCCCAAAUAAAAGAAGAGGUGCGCCAGCGGGCCCUGGCUCUGGAUGAGGCUGUUUCCCAAUCUGCUCAGAUUACAGAGUUUCAUGAUAAAAUCGAGCCCAUGUUGGAGACCCUGGAGAACCUUUCCUCUCGCCUGCGUAUGCCACCCCUGAUCCCUGCUGAAGUAGACAAGAUUAGAGAAUGCAUCAGUGACAAUAAGAGUGCCACCAUGGAACUAGAAAAACUGCAGCCAUCCUUUGAGGCCCUAAAGCGUCGUGGAGAAGAGCUCAUUGGGCGAUCUCUGGGAGCGGACAAGGAUCUGGCUGCAAAAGAAAUCCAGGACAAACUGGAUCAAAUGGUAUUCUUCUGGGAGGACAUCAGAGCUCGAGCUGAAGAGCGAGAAAUUAAAUUCCUUGACGUCCUUGAAUUAGCAGAGAAGUUCUGGUAUGACAUGGCAGCUCUUCUAACCACCAUCAAAGAUACCCAGGAUAUUGUCCAUGACUUGGAAAGCCCAGGCAUUGACCCAUCCAUCAUCAAGCAGCAGGUUGAAGCUGCUGAGACUAUUAAGGAAGAGACAGAUGGUUUACAUGAAGAAUUGGAGUUCAUUCGGAUCCUUGGAGCAGAUUUGAUUUUUGCCUGUGGAGAAACUGAGAAGCCUGAAGUGAAGAAGAGCAUUGAUGAGAUGAAUAAUGCUUGGGAGAACUUAAACAAAACAUGGAAAGAGAGACUAGAUAAACUUGAGGAUGCCAUGCAAGCUGCUGUACAAUAUCAGGACACUCUGCAGGCUAUGUUUGACUGGCUAGAUAACACUGUGAUCAAACUCUGUACCAUGCCCCUAGUUGGCACUGACCUCAACACUGUCAAAGAUCAGUUAAAUGAGAUGAAGGAGUUCAAAGUUGAAGUUUACCAACAGCAAAUUGAGAUGGAGAAGCUUAAUCACCAAGGUGAACUAAUGUUAAAGAAAGCUACUGAUGAAACAGACAGGGACAUUAUACGAGAACCACUGACAGAACUCAAACACCUCUGGGAGAAUCUGGGUGAAAAAAUUGCCCACAGACAGCAUAAGCUAGAAGGUGCUCUCUUGGCCCUUGGCCAGUUCCAGCACGCUUUAGAGGAAUUAAUGAGUUGGCUGACUCACACUGAAGAGUUGCUGGAUGCUCAGAGACCAAUAAACGGAGACCCAAAAGUCAUUGAAGUUGAGCUUGCAAAGCAUCAUGUCCUAAAAAAUGAUGUUUUAGCUCAUCAAGCCACAGUGGAAACAGUUAACAAAGCUGGCAAUGAACUUCUUGAAUCAAGUGCUGGAGAUGAUGCCAGCAGCUUAAGAAGCCGUUUGGAAACCAUGAACCAGUGUUGGGAGUCAGUGCUGCAGAAAACAGAGGAGAGGGAACAACAGCUUCAAUUGACACUGCAACAGGCCCAAGGUUUUCACAGUGAAAUUGAAGAUUUCCUCUUGGAACUGACUAGAAUGGAGAGCCAGCUUUCAGCAUCUAAGCCCACUGGGGGACUUCCUGAAACUGCUAGGGAACAGCUUGAUUCACAUAUGGAGCUCUAUUCCCAACUGAAAGCCAAAGAAGAGACUUACAAUCAGCUGCUUGACAAGGGCAGACUCAUGCUCCUAAGCCGUGAUGAUUCUGGGUCUGGCUCAAAAACAGAACAGAGUAUAGCACUCUUGGAACAGAAGUGGCAUGUAGUCAGCAGUAAAAUGGAAGAAAGGAAGUCAAAGCUGGAGGAAGCCCUCAACUUGGCAACAGAAUUCCAGAAUUCCCUACAAGAAUUUAUCAACUGGCUCACUCUAGCAGAGCAGAGCUUAAACAUCGCUUCUCCUCCCAGCCUGAUUCUGAACACUGUCCUUUCCCAGAUAGAGGAGCACAAGGUUUUUGCCAAUGAAGUAAAUGCUCAUCGAGACCAGAUCAUUGAACUGGAUCAAACUGGGAAUCAAUUAAAGUUCCUUAGCCAAAAACAGGAUGUUGUUUUAAUCAAGAACUUGUUAGUUAGUGUCCAGUCUCGGUGGGAGAAGGUUGUUCAGCGAUCUAUUGAAAGGGGUCGAUCACUAGAUGAUGCCAGGAAGCGGGCAAAGCAAUUCCAUGAAGCUUGGAAAAAACUCAUUGACUGGCUAGAAGAUGCAGAGAGUCAUCUGGAUUCAGAACUGGAGAUAUCCAAUGACCCAGACAAAAUCAAACUUCAGCUUUCUAAACAUAAGGAGUUUCAGAAAACUCUUGGUGGCAAACAGCCUGUGUAUGAUACCACAAUUAGAACUGGCAGAGCACUAAAAGAGAAGACAUUACUUGCUGAUGAUGCUCAGAAACUGGACAAUUUACUGGGUGAAGUCAGAGACAAAUGGGAUACUGUUUGUGGCAAGUCUGUGGAACGGCAACACAAGUUGGAGGAAGCCCUGCUGUUUUCAGGCCAGUUCAUGGAUGCUUUGCAGGCCUUGGUUGACUGGCUGUACAAGGUAGAGCCACAGCUGGCCGAGGACCAGCCUGUGCAUGGGGACCUGGACCUCGUCAUGAACCUCAUGGAUGCCCAUAAGGUUUUCCAAAAGGAACUUGGAAAGCGAACAGGUACUGUUCAGGUCUUAAAGCGGUCAGGCAGAGAACUAAUUGAGAACAGUCGAGAUGACACCACAUGGGUAAAAGGACAGCUCCAGGAACUGAGUACUCGCUGGGACACUGUGUGCAAACUCUCUGUUUCCAAGCAAAGCCGACUUGAGCAGGCCUUAAAACAGGCAGAAGAGUUUCGAGACACAGUCCACAUGCUGUUGGAGUGGCUUUCUGAAGCAGAGCAAACACUUCGUUUUCGGGGAGCACUGCCUGAUGACACAGAGGCCCUACAGUCACUCAUUGACACCCAUAAGGAAUUCAUGAAGAAAGUAGAAGAGAAGCAAGUGGAUGUGAAUGCAGCAGUGGCCAUGGGAGAAGUCAUCCUGGCUGUCUGCCAUCCUGAUUGCAUCACGACUAUCAAACACUGGAUCACAAUUAUCCGAGCUCGCUUUGAGGAGGUCCUGACAUGGGCAAGGCAGCACCAGCAGCGCCUGGAAACAGCCCUGUCAGAAUUGGUGGCUAAUGCUGAGCUGCUGGAAGAACUUCUGGCAUGGAUCCAGUGGGCUGAGACUACACUCAUUCAGCGAGAUCAGGAGCCAAUCCCUCAAAACAUUGACCGAGUUAAAGCCCUUAUUGCUGAGCAUCAGACAUUUAUGGAGGAAAUGACACGCAAACAACCUGAUGUGGACCGGGUCACGAAAACAUACAAAAGGAAGAAUGUAGAGCCUACCCAUGCUCCUUUCAUCGAGAAAUCUCGCAGUGGUAGCAGAAAGUCCUUAAGUCAGCCCACACCUCCUCCUAUGCCAAUCCUCUCACAAUCUGAAGCAAAAAACCCACGGAUCAAUCAGCUCUCUGCCCGCUGGCAGCAAGUGUGGCUGUUAGCACUGGAACGCCAGCGGAAGCUGAAUGAUGCCUUGGAUAGACUGGAGGAGUUGAAGGAAUUUGCCAACUUUGACUUUGAUGUCUGGAGGAAAAAGUAUAUGCGUUGGAUGAAUCAUAAAAAGUCUCGGGUCAUGGAUUUCUUCCGGCGCAUUGACAAGGACCAGGAUGGGAAGAUAACACGUCAGGAGUUUAUUGAUGGCAUUUUAGCAUCCAAAUUCCCUACCACUAAGUUAGAGAUGACUGCUGUGGCUGACAUUUUUGACAGAGAUGGAGAUGGCUACAUUGACUACUAUGAAUUCGUUGCUGCUCUCCAUCCCAACAAAGAUGCUUAUCGACCAACAACUGAUGCAGAUAAAAUUGAAGAUGAGGUCACAAGACAAGUGGCUCAGUGCAAGUGUGCAAAAAGGUUUCAGGUGGAACAGAUUGGAGAGAAUAAAUAUCGGUUCUUCCUCGGCAAUCAGUUUGGGGAUUCUCAGCAGUUGCGGCUGGUCCGUAUUCUGCGUAGCACCGUGAUGGUUCGAGUUGGUGGAGGAUGGAUGGCCUUGGAUGAAUUUUUAGUGAAAAAUGAUCCCUGCCGAGCACGAGGUAGAACUAACAUUGAACUUAGAGAGAAAUUCAUCCUGCCAGAGGGGGCAUCUCAAGGAAUGACUCCUUUCCGAUCACGGGGCAGAAGAUCCAAACCAUCUUCCCGGGCAGCUUCUCCUACUCGCUCCAGUUCAAGUGCUAGUCAGAGUAACCACAGCUGCACAUCCAUGCCAUCUUCUCCAGCCACCCCAGCCAGUGGGACCAAGACUCUGUUUCAGUUAUCUCGCUGUUAUGACAAACCCUGGUUGGUAAACAGUAAAGCUGGCACUCCUGUCAGGGACAGCCCUUGUCCUGACCUCCAGCUGCUCAGCCCUGAGGUUAUCCCAUCAACAGGCAGCAAGUUGAAACGACCAACACCAACUUUUCAUUCUAGCCGAACAUCCCUUGCUGGGGAUACAAGUAAUAGUUCUUCCCCAGCUUCUACAGGUGCCAAAGCGAAUCGGGCAGACCCUAAGAAGUCAGCCAGUCGCCCUGGAAGCCGGGCUGGGAGUCGAGCUGGAAGUCGAGCCAGCAGUCGGCGAGGAAGUGAUGCCUCUGACUUUGACCUUUUAGAGACGCAGUCUGCUUGUUCAGACACUUCUGAAAGCAGUGCCGCAGGGGGCCAAGGCAAUUCCAGGAGAGGGCUAACCAAACCUUCUAAAAUUCCAACCAUGUCUAAGAAGACCACUGCUGCCUCCCCUAGGACUCCAGGUCCCAAGCGAUAACACUGUACAAGCACCCACACCACUGUCCACUUCGAAUCCUGCUCCAUACAUUGGGUGUAUAUUUAUUCCGAAUGGGAGAAGUUAUAUUGUUAAAAGUGUAAAAGAUAAUUGUGUUAUGAAGCUGCCUUAUUUUUUUUCCUUUUUGUAAGUUACUAUUUUCAUGUGAAUAUUUAUGUAGAUAAAAUUUGCUUCCUGGUAACCCAGUAAUGAAUGGGGCCCAGAAAUGAAAUAUUUGAGGAAAACAAGUGAAAAGGUCAAAAUACAAAUGUGUAUUUAAAAAAAAAAAGCAAAGCAAAGCCUCUAGGGUUUCUGUGUGGUGCAGGGUUGUAAACCUGCUUUAUCUUUUAGGAUUAUUCCUAAAUGCAUCUUCUUAUAAACUUGACUUGCUGUCUUAGCAAGAUAAAUUAUAUUAAAAAAAUAAUCCUGCAGUGUUUAAGGAACUCUUUUUUUUUGUAAAUCACAGUCACCUCAACUAACAAGAACUGAAAGGAGGGCACUUCUAGUUGCAUUUCCAUUGUUUUAAUGUUGUGUGAUUUUAGUCAGAGAGACAGAACCUCAUCUAGGUAGUGUUUGCACACAAUACAGAAAAAGAGUUCAUUGCAAUACUGUCUUGGGAUACUGUCUAAGUACUCAGUGUUUAAAGGACACAUAGCUGCUAGAAUUCAGGGUUAAAUGUAACUGUUCAAAAGUGUCAGAACAUUGGAAUUUUAAACUGAUUUAUAACAAUCCAGACUUGUCACCAAUAAUUUUUAUGUACCCUAGGACCCAGAUCCUGGCAAGGGAGAAUUUUUUGGUGGCAUUGUAAAUCACAGAUUUAUCUACAUUUUUCACUAUUUAUUGAAAUGGUCAAUCAACAUCCCACAAACUGAGGAAUGAAUUCCAUGAGCCCAUUCUGAAAAUGUGGGUCUAAGACAAAAUACUUGCUCGUCCUUUAACGGAGUUCACCAGCACACUAUUCACCCGUCCCGUUUGCUCCUGUCUUUUUCUGUGUGUAAUAAAGUCAACUGACCAAGUGACCGCAACGAGGGGCUGUCUGGGGCUCCUGUUUGUUAGCUGCUCUUCCUCUUCAGCUCCGACCAUGUUGCUGUGUAAUUAUCUCAAUUGGUUUUAAUUGAGGCAGAAAACUGAAGCUCUACCAAUGAACUGUUUAAAAACAAGACACACUUUUGUAUUAAAAUUGCUUGCAGUAACUAACGUUUUGUACUUCCUGAUUUUCUUCUCCACCACUACUUUAAAUGUUGUAGAUACUUAAAUACAAUAUUCAAAUCACACUA